UACUGCCCCUGUAGGGGUCAGGGCUACAGCAGACCCUGAAAGCUGAGAAACACCCCACACACUCACACCAAGUGAGGAGAGGCUGCCAAGGAAAGGGAGGGACGGAACAAGGAGAGAGAAGAAAGGAGGGGCUGCCUGGCCGGGCUGCUGUCCCCCCUACAGAGCCAGCUCAGAUUCAGUUCCAGGAGCAGCUUGGCUGCGGAAGCAACAGCAGUCCCUCUCCACCAGGGAAGGGCAGCGGGCGGACCGGCACACAGACGGAGGGCCUGGGACUGGAAGUCCUCAGCCCCCAGCCUCUCGGCCAGGCCUGGCCCCAUGGCCUUCAAUGACCUCCUGCUGCAGGUGGGGGGCGCCGGCCGCUUCCAGCAGAUCCAGGUCACUCUGGUGGUCCUCCCCCUGCUCCUGAUGGCCUCCCACAACACUCUGCAGAACUUCACCGCCGCUGUCCCCACCCACCACUGCCGCCCGCCUGCCGACACCAACCUCAGCAAGGACGGGGAGCUGGACGCCUGGCUGCCCCGGGACGGGCAGGGGCGGCCCGAGUCCUGCCUCCGCUUCACCUCCCCCCAGCGGGGGCUGCCCUUUCCCAACGGCACAGAGACCAAUGGCACGGGGGCCACAGAGCCCUGCACCCACGGCUGGAUCUAUGACAAUAGCACCUUCCCUUCCACCAUCGUGAUGGAGUGGGACCUCGUGUGUUCUCGUAGGGCCUUACGCCAGCUGGCUCAGUCCUUGUACAUGGUAGGGGUGCUUCUCGGAGCCAUGAUAUUCGGGCACCUGGCAGACAGGCUGGGCCGCCGGAAGGUGCUCAUCUUGAACUACCUGCAGACGGCUGUGUCAGGAACCUGCGCCGCCUUUGCUCCCAACUUCCCCGUCUACUGCGCCUUCCGGCUCCUCUCGGGCAUGUCGCUGGCUGGCAUUUCCCUCAACUGCAUGACACUGAAUGUGGAGUGGAUGCCCAUCCACACGCGGGCCUGCGUGGGCACCCUGAUUGGCUAUGUCUACAGCCUGGGCCAGUUUCUCCUGGCUGGUGUGGCCUAUGCUGUGCCCCACUGGCGCUACCUGCAGCUGCUGGUCUCCGUGCCCUUUUUUGCCUUCUUCAUCUACUCCUGGUUCUUCAUCGAGUCGGCCCGCUGGUACUCCUCCUCUGGGAGGCUGGACCUCACCCUGAAGGCCCUGCAAAGAGUGGCCUGGAUCAAUGGGAAGCGGGAAGAGGGGGCCAAUCUAAGUAUGGAGGUGCUCCGGGCCAGUCUGCAGAAGGAGCUGACCCUGGGCAAGGGCCAGGCCUCGGCCGUGGAGCUGCUGCGCUGUCCUGCCCUUCGCCGCCUCUUCCUCUGCCUCUCCAUGCUGUGCUCUGUUCCAAUAUGGAAACACUUCAUCGGUACUGAUGGCCCGCAGAGUCAACAGAAUUACAUCACAAAGGCAGAGACAAGGAUGGCUUGCAAAACAUUGAGAGACAUCACUGGCCUUGUGGUGCCUGCCAGAAACACAGGCACAGGCAAAACUCGUCUCUGAAAGUACACUCUGGCCAGGGUUGAGACCAGCCAAAAAUCUUCCUUUCCCACUGCAACAUCACCCAUUACCCCUCUUACGUGCUACUCUCCCAACCCCAUCAUCAUAGCAAUCCCACGACAAUUAAGAGAAACAUGGUCAGAAGGAACAAUCCUGCCAAUGAAUUCUUUGCUUCCAAUUUGGGCUUUACUCCAGGUUGUGGGUUCUGUCCAACAACCUGAGCUUUAUAUUCUGGGCUCUUGACAUCUUAAGCAGCACAACCACAAUCCCAGGACCACGGACAGGUCCUGGAACACUCUGGCCUCUCCCAACACCUUGGCCCUAAACACAUGGCUUUGGAUAUCCACUUGUCCUCCCUCAGUCCAGUAUCAACAGAUAAAAUAAAGACUAAAACUGUGUAAAUCCUACAUGGCAACUAAGUGACGAUUCCCUAAUUCACUGGGGACACGAUCAGAAGACUGAGAAAUCUGGGGUACUGGAGGACUACCCCAAUACUUAAAGUGCACACUAAAUGACAGCAGAAACAUUAGGCAAGGUAGAUUCCAGCUUCUUGAACAGGGUAACCUGUG